AGAUACUUGCCUGUAAUCGGCGUCCGGAUACAGCUCCCAGUUUUGAGAUGGCAAAUCACUACCUGGAUGAGGUCUGUGCUUGUUCGUGCAGUUCUGGGAAGCAGGGGAGCUUUGUCAAAGAACAGGCACAGCCACUGCAUGGUGAGGAAGCCUUUCCAGUUUUGACCAGGUCUAUGUCUACCUCACGGCGGCACAGCUGGGAAACUCCUCAGUCUCCAACAGAUGCCCAUCGUAGGUUCAGCCUGGAUGCAUCAGAGCUAGGGAGUGACACAGAAAGGGAGGAAGAAAAGGAGAAGAGCCUUCCUGACUUCUCCCCACCUCUGUCCUGGGCAGGGCUAGAAACUUGGACUGGUGGGAAUGUGAUCCAAGCGGAGGCUGAGCCUUUGGGUCAAAACCUGGGCCUUGUGGAAAAGCCUGGGAACGUGGAUAUUGACAACAGUGGGAAGCAGCUGAGGUCCACUUCUGUCUCAUGUUCCUGUGGCAGUGUCCCUUCUCAACAUAUAUCCCAAAGCCUGGAGGUCUCACUUCCAAUCUCAGUGGGGAUUGUGCCACCUGUGUUGGAUAUGAUUCAAAAGGACCACGUAGCCCCAGAACAAGUGCUAAUGGUUCAGGAAGUUCUGAAGGAGCUAGCACAGUAUCAUAGUGCUAAACAGGUGCUGUGUGCACCUGAAGGUAAAAGUGGAGCCCAGCAAAACCUGACCUGGUUUGAAUUCCUGUCUAAUGAGAAUGAAGAGAGUCCAAGGAGUGACAAAACUGAGAAGGGCACUAAGGUAAAGCGCCGGCUGAGCAAUCUGCGCAACCGUGUCACUGGUUCAUGGCAGAAGGAGAAGGGUAAGAAUAAAGAUCGGGAGAAGGAAGCUCUGGAGGCGAAGGAACGAAUGCAGGCACUGCAUGGGCAUGAACUAGCACUAGGCACCUUCUCUAAUGGCACCUGUUGCUCUCUCUGUGGCAAAAUUCUGCUGAACAAAACAGGGCUACAAUGCUUGAAUUGUGCAGUAAAUGUUCACAAAAACUGCAAGAAUCUUCUGCCUGAAUGCAGCAGCAGCAGGUCCAAGCAAAGGGAUUUGCAACUCCGGCCCUCAGGCUCCCCCCCUAGUUUACUCCAGAGUGCCUGUCCAGCCACCUCUCUCAAGGAGCACUCCUGCAGGGCCCUCCUGGGCCCAGAUGGCAGGAACCCUGGCUUGCCCCAGAACCUCGGCAUGACAAUUGCGCAGAGGGGAAGUUUGCCGUCUCAGCUAAGCACCAUCUCUGCUGGGGCUGUUGGUAAGCUUGGACUCACUGGGGGAGAGAUGGAUGAAGGGGAUUCUGGCUUCAUGAAACUUAAACCAGCCUCUGAAGAUGCUGUCUCACUGGCACCAUCAACCACGGAAUCAGUUUUUGUGGAAGAUGUCCAGUUUGCCUCCUUGCGGAAUGAACUGGAGACAGAUGCUCGGGAGUUUGCAGCUCAGUCUUGGAGUCUGGCAGUAGAGCAGUCCUAUGUGAAGAACCAGGAGCGGGAUAUAAUUAAAAGGCAAGAUGUCAUAUAUGAGUUGAUGAGGACAGAGAUGCACCAUGUCCGGACUUUGAAGAUCAUGUUGAAGGUCUACUCACAAGCCAUGCGAGAGGAGCUGCAGUUCAGUAAUUCUGACAUCCACCGUAUUUUCCCAUGUGUGGAUGAAUUACUGGAGCUCCACAGAGCCUUCCUCUUCAAGCUGAAGGAGCGUCGGAAGGAGGCUCUGGAAGAAGGUAGUGAGUGCAACUAUAUCAUCCAGAACAUUGGGGACGUCCUGGUGCAACAGUUUUCAGGAAAAACAGGAGAUACAUUGAAGGAGAAAUAUGGCAUUUUCUGUAGCAGCCACAGUGAUGCUGUGAGCUAUUAUAAAGAGCUAAUGCAGCAAAGCAAGAAGUUCCAAAACUUGAUUAAGAAAAUCAGCAAUUCUUCCAUUGUGAGACGGCUGGGUAUCCAGGAGUGCAAUCUUUUAGUCACUCAGCGCAUCAUGAAGUAUCCUGUCCUGGUGGAGCGCAUCAUUCAAAACACAGAAGCCGGCACAAAAGAAUAUGAAGACCUGACCAAGGCAUUGUUACUCAUCAAGGAGGCCAUCAUAGCUGUUGACACCAAGGUGAAUGAGUAUGAGAAAAGACAGCGCCUUCGGGAAAUUGUAACCAAGAUGGAACUCAAGUCUUCUGGGAAGUUUAAGAACGGCCUUAUCUUCCGGAAGGAGGAUAUGCUUCAGCGGCGCCUCCUGCUAGAUGGGAUGCUAUAUUGGAAAACUGCUUCUGGGCGCCUGAAAGAUAUUCUGGCUGUUCUGCUGACAGAUGUGCUUUUGCUGCUGCAAGAGAAAGACCAGAAAUACAUGUUUGCAUCUAUGGACACAAAGCCACCAGUGUUUUCCUUGCAAAAGCUGAUAGUCCGAGAAGUGGCCAACGAGGAGCGAGCCAUGUUCUUAAUCAGUGCUUCCAUGAAAGGACCAGAGAUGUAUGAGAUUCACACCAACUCCAAGGAGGACAGGAAUUUCUGGAUGACGCAAAUCCGCAGGGCAGUGGAGAGUUGUCCUAAUGAGGAUAGUGUCCUUGCUGAUCCAGAAGAGGAAAAAAAGCAGGCUGAAGUGAGAAUUGCAAAGCUGAAAGAAUUUCAAGAGCGUCUGAAUAUGAAAGAUGAUCUGAUUAUGCAAAGUCUAAAUGAGAAGCAGCAGAUCUACCAGGAAAUGGCAGAUAUGAAUGCUUUUGAGGACCUGGCUGCUGGCUCCCGUUUCCGGUUUAUCAACAGAGUGGAUUCCCCAGAGAACCUGCAAGGGGAGUCCAUCCUCAAGCAGGCAGUGAUAGAAGUGGAGAGCCUUCAGAACCUGAUCUUCACCCAGCUGGGCAGUGCAAGCUCUCAUCCUGAAGAUUCCAGUGGGUCUGGGCUGUUGAGGCGAGCUGAGACUUUUGGAGGAUAUGACAGUACCAUGACAAGUCUAUCCAAAACUGGUAGCUUCAAGAAGAAAGUCUGUGGUGGAGAGCAGUGGAUACCAGAUCAGCGAGGCCUCCUAGCCAACUCAGAGCAGUUGCUCCAAGAACUCCCUUCUGCUGGAGAGGAAGGGCUAUGCUUGGUCAGUAACACAAGAAUGGAUCAUCAUAGCAGCUUGCAGCCACUGCUGGGGACUGAAUCAGAGCUUGUUCAAAGGAUACAGACACUCUUGCAGUUGCUGCUUAGUCUCCAGGCAGUGACAGCCCAGCAGGAUAGCUACAUUGAGCUGCAGAAGCAGUUCCGGCUGCAAUCCACGCGAGGGAAUUUGCUGCUGGAGCAGGAGAGACAGCGCAAUUUUGAGAAGCAGCGGGAAGAACUGGCCAAUGUGCAGAAAUUGCAGAGCCAGUUGAAGACUGAGCAGAUGCGCUGGGAGCGAGACUGUGACCGCCAGCGGCGCCAGAUAGAGGCAGACAAGAACCGGUUACAAGAGCAAGAGGAGGAGGCACGGCAGCUGAUGGAGCGUCUGAAGCAAGAACAGGAGGAGCUGGAACAGCAACGAGAGGCCUACCAGCAUGACUUGGAGAGGCUGCGGGAAUCCCAGCGAGCAGUUGAAAAGGAGCGUGAACGUCUGGAACAGUUGCGCAAGCUGAAGAAGCAGCAUGUAGUCUCAGGUGCCUUCUGUCCUGAGACAGGCCAAGCACAUGCCCUGAGCCACUCUGUCAGCUUCAAUGGGGAAGGUAUGGAAGGAACCAUGCUGCUUACCAAGCCAUGUGGACGAGCCAGCGUAUCUGGGAUGGACUACCUGGAGCGAGGAGAGUUGGUCCGAAAGGAUAGUGCUGCACUGGAGGGAGGCCGCCCCAUUCUGGCCCUCAAGAAUGAGGUGCCCAUCCACUUGUUGAGUGCCACCAACCAGAUCCAGAAACAGGCAGCUGUGCAGCAGCAAAUCCCCACUAAGCUGGCCAUUUUGACCAAGGGCAGCAAGGAGAAAGGUGGAAAGUCUGUCAAGAUGGCCUCCCACAGGAUUGACAGUUCAACAUUGGGUGAUGUGAGGCCUCUCCCAGCUUCCAAGAUGGUUACCAAGGAAGAAUCUCAGUCUCGAAACAGACAUUCUACAAGCCCUGUCUCUCUGCAUUGCCAGAAUGUUGCCUUCCUGCCAGAACUGGCUAGUGCUGCUGAGAGCAGCCAUCCUGAAGCACCAUCUACCUCUGUUGGUCCCAUAAAGCCCAACAGCAUUCAUGCCCUUCCACCUGCCCUGGAUGACGCUAGCAAAGAUGAUGUUAUUUUUUUCUGAUCAGCACGAAGGCCUGCUUCUUUGCCCAGAUGGGUGUCGGAAUGCUCUGCCUUGGCCUAAUUGCAAAAUCUGAGGGCAGAGCUGCAAGAUUUUCCUGGAAAAUGGUUCAAAAUGAAGAUACCGUGUUGGGGCUUCAUGUUACAAUCUUGGCUUUGCUUACCUUGUUCCUUGGAGAAGAACAUUACUCUGGCUUUCUUUGGGUUCCAAGGCAAGCUUUUACAGUAACGUUCUUAAGAGUUUCUUGGGGGAUAGAUAUCCUGAGAAGAGCCUCCGUGUAGUCUUCACAUUCAACCAUAAGGUUGCCCUUGGACUUUAUUGUAGGACCAAACAAAGAUGUUGAAGAUAUUAGGGACUCUGUGGGAGGAAUCUGGGGGGAUUAGAUAGGCCCUGGUUGGUUGCACAUGUAUUUUCUUUUGUCACCUUGCAUAAAGCACCUCAUCUCCACUGAGGACUCAUUUUCCUUCCUCUUCCUGCUCCUCCCCCCUCUGUAGGCAAAUUCUCCACUGCAAGCUGGGUCCUAGAUUUUUGUUCCUGCUAAAGACUCUUGCUGCAGUAACUGGCCCACAUAGUAGCAGGCUCAAUUUUCCAGACUCCCUUCCAGAGAUGUGGGGGGUGGGGGGAUGCAGCUCAGAAUUACACUGGAUGCUGAAAUGUUUCUGGUAGAUUCUUCAAAUGAAGGAAAUGAAGAAUGUCAAAACUUAAUCACUAAUCAAGGUGUUUUGAGUGGAGCUUCUUCCUCAUCAAAGGAUGUCAUUCCCUAUGGGAAUGUCCAUUGCCUCUAUUCUGUCUCUGUUCCUCAUGUCAGUAAAAUACUGGAGAUGCAAACUGCUGAAGUUUAAUUUUCCCCAGAUUUACAUUCUGUACAUUGUAUUUGUGUCCUGACAAGUGCUACUUUGAGAGUGUGUUAUGGAAAAGACAGAUUUCUUCCACCUUGUUGCACAUGAACCGUGUUUCAAGGUGAAGCUCUUGUACUCUGGAUCUUGUUUUAUCAUGGGGCCUGUAUAUAUUGUUUUGACUCUACUAAGAUGUUGGUUUCUUUUUAGAGCCAUUAAGAAGUUUGGAGGUCGGGGAGACUGCCUUUGAAAGCAGGACUAUUACAGUCCAUGCAUGGCAGAAACUAUGGUGCCAUUUACUUUAAUGUGACCCUCCCUCCCAGCUUACAGAACCAUUUUCCAGAAUCUUAUGAUGAUGUCAUUAAGUUUACAGUUGGCAGCCGUGAAAGAAUGGCUUGUUUUAAUUAGCUUUUAAGCUCUUCAUCUGGAUUUGCCAGCUGCAUCACAAAAAAAUCCUUCCUUUAAUGUAACCGCCCUCCCCUCCUUUAUUGUAUUUGCAAUGUUUGUGGAUUGCAUUCUGAUUGACCAUUUGUGCCAUGCUUAUCAGCAUUUUCUGAUAUAUAUGGGUGGUAUGAGAAGAACCCAAGCACUUUAGAAUAUGGAUGGCAUUUUUAUUUUUAUUUCCCUUCUGUCUUAAUGAUGAACAGAAAAGAUUCUCUGUAGUAAGAAGUGGCUGUUGAGAAGUCCUCUGCCUCUAGUGGCUUAAGUCUAAAAAGCUCAUUUUGUGCUUUGCUUCUCUGUGUGAAUAUGUCAGCCUGAAGCUUCUUCAAUGGAUUUUAAGUUGAAGGGUCCCAGCAGCUAUCUCUUUAGACAAAAUCCUAGCAACUUUGUACAUAGAUCAUCCCUUAGUAGUUAUUACAUAGCAGUCAUUCUGUGUAACUCUCCUUUUUAAUUUUAUUUGUAAAGUUGAUGGUUUUCAGUGUUUAAUAUUUUUUUUGUCAAAUUUGUGCACUACUGUAAUGAUCAAAUGGGAUCCUGGCACACCAAAUUAUGGCUAUUUUUUAAGCAAUGAUUGCAACUGUUUCUCUACUGUAGGUUAAUUGUGGAAUCUCAGAUGCAGCCAAAACCUGUUUGAGUCAAUUAAUCCAUAAAACCAUAAAUCAUAAAAUGAACCUUAAAAUAUG